AAAGGCAAACCAGAACAUCCUGUUUACAGAAGAAGAAGUUGGCCUCUAAGCCAAACUUGUUAUAGUGGGGGCGUAACACCGGAGAGUGCGUCCCACGACAAGAUGCUGGGGGAAGCAUGGUGGAAACAACUACGAGGAAGUCAACAGUUGUGCUUCUGUGUUGCCAGGACGCCUACAGCCCGGGUAUAAAGGCUGCCCAGCGAAGGAGCCUCCAGACAUCACCGCCCUCCUCUCUGACUCCACUCCAAUCCCACACCACCAUGUGCCACACCAGCUGCUCCACGGGCUGCCAGGCUUUCUGCAGCACCCCCAGCUCCUCCUGCUAUGUGCCCAUGAGCUACCAGCCUGCCGUGUCCGUGCCCGUGAACUGCCAGUCUGCCGUGUCCGUGCCUGUGAGCUGCCAGCCUGCUGUGUCCGUGCCCGUGAACUGCCAGUCUGCCAUGUCCAUAAGCUGCCAGCCUGCUGUGUCCGUGCCUGUGCCCGUGAGCUGCCAGCCUGCCGUGUCCAUAAGCUGCCAGCCUGCUGUGUCCGUGCCUGUGAGCUGCCAGCCUGCCGUGUCUGUGCCCGUGAGCUGCCAGUCUGCCAUGUCCAUAAGCUGCCAGCCUGCUGUGUCCGUGCCUGUGAGCUGCCAGCCUGCCGUGUCUGUGCCCGUGAGCUGCCAGUCUGCCAUGUCCAUAAGCUGCCAGCCUGCUGUGUCCGUGCCUGUGAGCUGCCAGCCCUCUGUGUCCGUGCCCGUGAGCAGCAAGCCUGCCAUGUAUGUUGUCCCCUCCUCCCAGUCCUCUGUGUUGUGCGCCCGUGAGCUACAAGCCCCUCGUGUUCGUGGCCCUCUCCAGCCAGUCGUCCGGGGGCUGCCAGCCCACCCGCCCCACCCUGCUCUGCAGACCCACCCCCUGUAGCACCCCGUGCUGCCUCUGACCACGAGCCUCCCACCCAGCUGCUCCCAGGGCACAGGGGGCCACCCCUGCACCCCUCUAGAACAAGUCUUCAGUGGCCUCCAGGUUCUGCACGGGGCAGGCGAAGAGCAUGCCCAGCGGACCCUCUGAAGCCUGUGGCAAGGAUGUAGCAGGAUGAUGGGGAUCCCUCUGUGACCCUGCGUGUCCCCUCUGGGAGGCCCUGGUUCCCAGGUCGUCUUCAGCAGGGAACCAACCCUGUGUGAGCCAAAUAAAUCAUGCUUUCCUGAUACAGCUUGUCCCUCUGUUUUAUCGUCCUGGGUUUUGAAGUUCUUUUCUCGAAGACAUAUACAGCCAUAAGCAGAGCAGCCCCUCCUCAAAGAACCCUCUCUCCAACAGCUCAGCGGGAGGUGGGGAGGGGGUCCUGGGAGGGUGUAGGGGGAAGAUGUCUUGCCCACAUCCACCACCUGAGACUCACCUUGUAUAUGGGGAAGGGCAGAGGAAUGACUACCCCCACUGAAUAGGGAACAGGAAUCGGACUGUUACAGCUGGGGGAGGGGCAGGGAAAGCUCACACAACCCACCCCAACUACAAAGUGGAGUCUGGACAUGGCAGGGAGGAGCAGCAGGAUGUGAGAAAGCCUUGCCCUGCAAGACCCAGGCACAUAGGGCCUGCUCAAGACUGACCCUGGGGCGGGACAGUGGAGCCCUCCUGGCCCCAAGUCAGCUUGGCUGGUACACCUGCAGGAGCAGCAGCAGUCACUGGCGGGAGGCAGGCACGUGUAGAGGUCCCCUCCAUGGGUCAGGCACAUAGGGCAGCUGAAAACUUAGGGCAGAACAAGAAUGCUGUGCCUCCAGCCCUUGCCCUAAGCACGUGGCACUGGAAGCCCACCACAAAGGAAUGACCCUGAAGGUCACCACAAUAACAACAAAACCCAAACCAAGGAAAACAGCUGAGCAGUCUGAUCCAAACUUCCCCCACCACACGGAUGACCUGACAGAAGAGACUCACCCGUUUCCCAGAGGAAACGAUGUUUAUGUCCAUUUCAAUU